AUGCCCGAUCACGGCCGUGCUGAGGCUGCGGCAACCUGUGGCAAGCGAGGCAGGCACAUGGCGCGCGCAAUUCUGGUGGUUCUGGAUUCGGUGGGCAUUGGCGGUGCGGCCGAUGCGGCGUCUUUCGGCGAUGAGGGCGCCAACACGGUCGGCCACAUCAUCGACAGGGCGGCCGCCGGCGAAGCCGAAAAUGACGAUCGCAGCGGCCCGCUCGACUGCCCGAACCUGGCCCGGCUUGGCCUCUUCCACGCGGCCGAACUGGCGUCCGGCCAUGCGGGCGCGGCCGCGCUGAAGCCGGCGCGCGUGGACGGCUUCUGGGGCGCCGCGCAGGAGGUCUCGCACGGCAAGGACACGCCUUCCGGCCAUUGGGAAAUCGCCGGCGUGCCGGUUCUUUUCGACUGGGGCUAUUUUCCGCACGAGGUGCCUGCUUUUCCGCAAUCCCUGCUCGAGGCGAUCUACGCCGAAGCGGGCAUUGAGGGCUCGCUCGGCAACCGGCACGCAUCGGGCACCGAGAUCAUCGCCGACCUGGGCGAAGAACACCUGCGCACAGGGUUGCCGAUCUUCUACACAUCGGCCGACUCGGUCUUCCAGAUCGCCGCGCACGAGACCCGGUUCGGACUCGACCGGCUUUAUGCGCUCUGCGAGACCGUCCGGACGCUGGUCGACGAUAUGAACAUCGGCCGGGUGAUCGCGCGGCCGUUCGUCGGCGAGAACGCAGCCAGCUUCGAGCGGACCGGCAAUCGCCGCGACUAUUCGGUCCUGCCGCCCGCACCGACCCUUCUCGACCGCACCGUGGCGGCUGGCGGACGGGUGAUCGCGGUCGGCAAGAUCGGUGACAUCUUCGCCCAUCAAGGGGUCAGCGAGGUGCGCAAGGCAUCGGGUAACGCGGCGAUCGGCGAGACCACGCUGAAGGCCAUCGACGACGCCGGCGACGGCGACCUGGUGUUCGCCAACUUCGUCGAUUUCGACAUGCUGUACGGCCAUCGCCGCAACGUCGCCGGCUAUGCGGCCGCACUCGAGGCGUUCGACCGGUAUCUGCCGGAGCUGACCGGCAAGCUGCGCGACGGAGACCUCUUGCUGAUCACCGCCGAUCACGGCUGCGAUCCGACAUGGAGCGGCACCGACCAUACGCGCGAGCGGGUGCCGAUCGUCGGGUUCGGACCGGGCCUUGCCGCGACCGGCGUCGGCAUCCGCCCGACAUUCGCCGACAUCGGCGAAACGCUGGCCGACCAUCUGGGCAUCGGCGCCGAUGACGACGGCACCUCGUUUCUGGGUGAGCUGACGGAUCGUGCCUGA